AUGGCGAACCGGUACUCGACGUACUCGAACAACUCUUCGCAGGUCGGUGCUGCCCGAACAGCGGCUCAACAGCCUACCCAAGUUUCGACUACUACUCUUCUCAACUCCCUACACACGAUCUAUGCCUCCGGCCAAACUUACCAACUCGACUCGAGCACGAGCAUUUCGGUCAACACAUGGCUCAGUGUGAUCAAUCCUGAUGCCCAAGGACGGGUAGGAGGUACUGUCGAUGCAGAUAUCGCUUUCAGAGCUUGGGAACAUGCCAGACGAAGAGCCGAAGAUGGAUGUAUCAUUCUGGGAUCCCUGCAUCCCUCGACACCCUCGCUCUUGCAAGCAUUUCUGCAGGUCAUUCCCCUACCCACUCCAGAGAUUGCAUACACUGCUCUCUCGGCCUUGCGUCCAUUCCUCUCUUGUGUCACGCCUCUCAACCCGACCACGUAUAGACAUUCCUCUCUUGCUGCCAAAUAUACCGUCACUCUUGCCGGAACGGUGACUGGCUUCACGCUCGCCUUGUCUGGCUCGGGCAUUGAUGUGGAAAGGGGCCUACUGAAGAUCCCAUCCGAGCCCGGUCAUCGUGCUUUUGACGUCUUCUACUACCUUCUGACAUCGGCAUCCACUCCAGCUGAGCGCGAGUUCCUAGGGUUACAACAUCCAUCCAAAUACACCCUGUUAAACAGGUCUGGUUCCUACGAUCCGCCUAAAUACCUUCCAACAGCCGAUGACGCCGCUGCCGCCGAAGACUUCCGUUCAGCUUUGAAAUCGAUUGGCAUUAAAGGCUCGUCCUUCCGAGGACUGCUGUCAUGUCUUGCUGGGUUGCUGAAACUGGGCGAGACAACCGGAUUCCUGGUUGAUGCCGACGUCCUCGAAGAUAUAUGCGAAGAUGUUGGCGGUUUGAUUGGGCUGGAGCCCGAAGUGCUUGUUAAGAAGUGCUCCACGGAUGAUCGUGAAGUAUUGAUUGCGGGCAUGUACGAGGCUCUAGUGGACUGGGUACUUGGCAAGGCCAACGAUGCCAUCGCUGCCGAGUUACGCUCCGGCGCCCUGACUCCUGAUUCGAGUACCCAAGCAGGCGAUGAAGUCAGCCUCACAGUUAUCGAAAUCCCUGGCGAGCCACUCGGAAAGGCCGUGGCUCUACGAAAUGUCUUUGAUGACACCCAAGGUAUAAACGCCGAAAUGAAGGACGAUGGGGUCGAGGUUGUUUCUGCUGGUCACUCUGUUCUCAAGGAAAUGAACUCUGCAAUUGCGGAGGUCGAAGCUGACCUGGGUAUCAAAGGAGGACCGCUUAGUCGGGAGAGAGAGCACGACCGGGAUCGACGAGAAGGCAUCCUCGAGAAAAUCGGUGCUGAGGCGGAGGCUGGAGGAUUUCUUCGCACGCUGCUCUACCCAGUAGAUGGUGAAGGUCUGAAUUUUGGCCGGAAAGGCCGUUUUGAUCUGGGAGCUACUCUCGCCAGCAGUCGAGCAUGGUAUCAGCUCUCUAUCCACCCUACUGACGAUACGCCGAGUUCUUUGGCUGAUCUGACCUCGACCACUUCCGCGUGGUCUGCGGGAGCGGUAUCAAGACAAUUACGAGCAUGGAGACUUCCAGAAUGGGCAAACCACCGCAAUCGGCGGCUCGACUUUACCGCUGAUUUCGAUGUUGAAGAGUUCGUGACAAGGUACUCCCGACUCGGCUGCAAAGACGGCAAAGAUGGGGUAGAAAGCUUCUUGCUAGAGAGAGGCUGGACAAAUGGAGAAGUCAUCAUCGGGCGCGAACGGAUCUGGAUGCGUGAAAGUGCCUGGUGGGAGGCUGAGUCGAUGCUCGACAUGAAACCUAUCGAAGGUGGCUUCUCUGAUGACCCUACCUUCGGCCAGCCGCUCAACCCCUUUGCAACAAAUUACUCUGCCAAUACUCCUCACAACGGCAGUGGCUUCUUCCCGCCGAUGGGCGAUAAUAUGAGCAUUCAAGAUAGUCGGGAGAAUUUGCUUGCGCAGGCUGCAACAGAGCGAGCCAAAUCAGUUGCGCCGACAAUGGCACGCACGAUGCACACAGUUGGCGGCGACUACGGCCUUGGGCCAAAAGGCGAUGAUCACAAGGACGCAGUCUAUGAUCCAGACCUCGGGCAAUAUGUCGGUGGCAUGGAUCCAGAGCUCGCUGAUCCUCGGAACGUGGAGUCCAAAAAGACGUCCGCUGGAAGACAGGCUUGGGUAUCCCUCGUCUGGGCGCUAACAUGGUGGAUACCCUCCAUCGCCCUGCGAUAUAUCGGUCGCAUGAAGCGUCCUGAUGUGCGCAUGGCCUGGCGAGAGAAAGUGGUGUUGGUGUUCCUUAUUUUCCUGCUGAACGGCCUCAUCGUCUUCUACAUUAUCGAGUUUGGAAGGCUUCUCUGCCCCAACUUUGACAAGGCCUGGAAUGCAAAAGAGGUCGGUUUCCAUACAGGCACGAAUGACUUUUAUGUCAGCAUUCGGGGCAAAGUUUACGAUAUCACGAAGUUUUAUCCAAUCCAACACAGCGACACAGCUAUCAAAACCAACGCGCAGAAUAUGCUUCCAUUGGCGGGCAUGAACCUGGAUGCAUAUUUUCCACCACCACUGAGUCGAGCUUGUCCGGGUCUGAAUGUCGAUGAGAGUGUCCAACUGCAACACAAUGACACCAACGCCGUUCUGUACCCGAACGCUGUCCACACCUCCGGUCAUCGUUAUCAGCCAGAUCAACAAUCAGCAUUGUAUAGCUGGGAUUGGUACAGUGACACUUUCCUUCCCAAAAUCAAGGACUAUUUCAAAGGAGACCUGGUCGUUACAAAGGGCAGUAUCAAGAAACAAGCUGAGACCGACCAGAGGCAGUGGGUAGUCAUCCACCAGAACAUAUACGAUCUCACCGACUAUUUCUACACCUUGAAUGUCAUGAACGACUUUGUCACAUACAAGUUUUUCCCGGAGGAGGUGACAGACCUGAUCAGCGGCAACCCGGGCGAGGAUAUUACGAGCCAAUGGGGAACGGAUGCCGCCUUCGCAAACAGUCUGAAUUGUAUGAACAAUGCGUUCUAUGUUGGCAAGGUUGACUUCCGCGAUACCCCAAAGUGCCAAGUCAACAACUACCUGCUUCUGGCUUUUACCCUGAUCUUGUGUGCUGUCAUUUUGAUCAAAUUUUUGGCAGCGCUCCAACUUGGGUCGAAGCGCCGACCAGCUGCGCAGGAUAAGUUUGUCAUAUGUCAAGUCCCUGCCUAUACUGAGGGUGAAGAUCACCUGAGAAAAUCCCUCGAUUCUCUUACUGCCCUUCAGUAUGACAAUAAGAGAAAGCUGAUCUGUGUUAUUUGCGAUGGGAUGAUCGUGGGUGGUGGCAACGACAGGCCUACGCCCAAGAUUGUGCUGGAUGUUCUUGGAGUUGAUCCGAAGAUCGAUCCACCUGCUUUACCUUUCCGCUCUGUCGGCAAUGGUAAUGAACAACUCAACUACGGCAAAGUAUACUCAGGGCUUUACGAAUAUGAGGGCAACGUUGUUCCAUAUAUCGUCAUCGUCAAGGUCGGCAAGGAAUCGGAGCAAACAAAGUCCAAGCCUGGAAACCGUGGAAAACGAGACUCACAGAUCUUAUUGAUGCAAUUCCUGAAUCGUGUCCACCACAGGUCACCCAUGUCUCCUCUGGAGUUGGAAAUUUUCCAUCAGAUCAACAACGUCAUCGGUGUCGACCCUGAGCUGUACGAGUAUCUUCUCAUGGUUGAUGCAGAUACUAUGGUCAAGGAAGAUUCACUUAAUCGCCUGGUUGCCGCAUGUGCCAACGAUGCUAAAAUUGCAGGCAUCUGUGGUGAGACAAGCCUGGAGAACGAAGAACGGAGCUUGUGGACUAUGAUCCAAGUCUACGAAUACUAUAUCUCACAUCAUCUUGCCAAAGCUUUCGAGUCUUUGUUCGGCAGCGUCACUUGUUUACCUGGAUGUUUCUGCAUGUAUCGCCUUCGAACCGCUGACAAGGGACGGCCUCUCAUCAUCUCGGACAAAGUCAUCCAGGAGUAUGCAGACUGCGAUGUUGAUACUCUCCACAAAAAGAACUUGUUGUCCUUGGGCGAGGAUCGAUAUCUUACGACGUUGAUGACCAAGCAUUUCCCGUCCAUGUCCUACAAGUUUGUCCCGGACGCUUACGCCCUCACUGCCGCACCAGAAUCUUGGUCCGUCUUAUUGUCGCAGAGAAGACGGUGGAUCAACUCGACCAUUCACAACCUUGCCGAACUCGUCUUCUUGAAAGAUCUUUGUGGUUUCUGCUGCUUCUCGAUGAGAUUUGUCGUCUUCAUUGAUUUGUUCGGCACAUUGAUCCUUCCUGCAACCUGCACCUAUCUCGGAUACUUGAUUUACCGAGUCGCAUCGCAUACCGGCCAAUUUCCUCUGAUCUCAAUUGUGAUCAUUGCUGCUGUGUAUGGUUUACAAGCAAUCAUCUUCAUCAUCAAACGACAAUGGCAACACGUGGGAUGGAUGCUCAUCUACAUAUGCGCGUAUCCUAUUUACAGCUUCGUCCUACCAAUCUACUCGUUCUGGAAUCAAGACAACUUUUCAUGGGGUAAUACGAGAAUCGUGAUUGGAGAGAAGGGUGACAAGAAGGUCGUUGCUAUUCAGGAUGAAGGCUUCGAUCCCCGGUCGAUUCCUCUUCAAAGGUGGGACGACUAUGCCGCUGCCAACAACCUGCCAGGUCGUCGUGGAAACUCUGGCACUUACCCGGAGAAGGGUUUUGAGUAUGGCUACCACGAUGACGCCGCAAUGAUGGAGAUGGACGACAUGCAGUCAAGCUACUCGUCUGUCAAACCAGCUAGCACGAUCCUGGCAGGCUUCCCCCAGCAAUCAGGGCCGUAUAUGGCACCGCCUCGAUCGUCGACACCGUUCACGGCAAUGCACAAUAACCGCACCAGCACCAUGACUGGCCUUACACAGUUCAAGGACCAACCCCUCAGCUUGCAUGGACGGAACAUGAGCAUGAUGAGUUUAGGCAGCCAGAUGCGGUUGAAAUCUCCUUCCCCUGUGCCAUACCAGGAUAACCCGCGGAGCCGCAGCCCGUACCUCCAGGGUGGCAUGCAACACUCGGUCAGCAAACCCAGUCUGUUGGGCGUGGGUAUGACAGGCAGCCGGCCAGCAUCAACGGUGAUGGAUUUCCGCACCGUUCCUUCGGCGGGACCCAGUGACCACGACAUUGUCGAGGCGAUUCGCGCGGUGCUGGCUGAGGUAGAUCUCGACAAAGUCACCAAGAAGCAAGUCAGGGCGCUGGUGGAGCAGAGGCUACAGUGCGAGGUACCCGCCGGAGAGAGGCGCACCUUCCUUGACAAAGCGAUUGAUGGAGAAUUGGCCAAUAUGUAA